AUGGAAGAUGUUGAAUUCAGUGGAACUAUAGGCUCUUCUACAGAUGCCUUAAUAUCUCCAGAAUACACACACUCGACUGGAUCGUUAGUUCACAAGGAUUUUAGUGAGCUUUUACAAAAGUCUAACGUGAUAGCACAUGAAGAAGAGAACACUUCCUCGAUUCUAGGAAAUGGAAAUAACGUGAAGAUUAAUGUAAAUUUGCAAGAUCGCAGAAAUGACGAUGAUUACAAUGUGAGACAGCCAGAAAAGUACUUUGACCAGGUGUUUGGUAAGUUAUCGACAGAUAAUAACCAUGGAAAUAAUGAUAAUGCUGAUGAAAAAGGGUAUACACACUUUAAUUUGCAACCUAAUGGCCUUGAAGACCCAAUUGAUAUCCAAAAGAGAUUGUAUGGAAAUGUCAAUAAUCCUAUUAUGCUACGUUUAUACAAUAUGAUUCAGGUUUUUCUUCUGCGACAUGGAUUAACAUUAGAUUUCUUAAGUGUAUUCCAACGCUACAUAACCCUUUUGAAUGAGGCUGAUAUGAACCCCUUAGAGGAUAAAUAUUUACUUACACUUCAAAACGAAUUGAGUAAAGGAUAUGAGUUUUCCAAUACACUCCAGGAAAUUAUAACAGCUUUCCUUUUGGAACCUGAAAAUGUUAUUAUGAAGCUAGCAAACUUCCAAUUUAAAAACGAAAGGCUAUUGUUAAAGAGAGUAUUUUCAGGCUGGCGAUUAAAGUAUUCUUUGAACUAUAAUUUAGCAGAACUAGAAGAGAUAUGGGGACGGUAUGUGAAGAAGAAAUUUUAUGAUCAAUGGGUACAAACUUUAAGAAUUAAGACACAACAGUGGCCUGAAGAUGCAGAUCAGUUUUACGAACAGAAAUUAAAGACUGAAUGUUUCAACAGAUUACUUGGAAGCAUGAAUCAAUUGGCUACAAAAUCACAAAUUGCAGAUAACUUCUUCUUAGAUAAUACUUUUGUUAAAAUUAAGUCGAAGCAUGAGAGAUUACAUUCAUCUUCGAAUAAUGUGAUCCAAACUAGGAAUAAGUUGUUGUUAGCAAAUUCACUCAGAUCGUGGAAAUUAAAGAUGUGUAAAAAUCAUUUCAACCCAAUCGCUAUCAAACGUCAUUUGCUGGCCAAAUACUUGACUCUGUGGAAACUUCAGUAUAGACAUAAUAGGCAUUUAUCAGAACUGUCUGUCAUUUCGGAAAGAACCUUGGCACUGCGUCCAUGCCUAAAAAUAUGGAUAUCCCGCUUUAGAAAUGUAGAGAGCUACCGGAUUGACUUGUAUGAUAAAAGUGAUCUCUUCAUUAAAAGCAGAUACUUUAGGACAAUCACGUCUGCAUAUACAUUGGCUAAAAUAAAAUCAAAGGUUCAAGAUGUGAAUUCAAGAUCUCUCCAGAAACACUUUUUAAUGGCAUGGAAAAAACGUGUUCAGGAGAGAUCCAAUUGUAUUGAUAUCAUUUCGAACCGUAACGAAAAACUCCUGGGAAUGUACUUUACCCAAUGGAAAAAUAAAUGUGAUAGCUAUGUGAGGGCCGACUCUCAAUAUACUGACAGCUUAAAAAAGCGUUUCUUAAAAAAGAUUAGACUGAAAGCUAGAUUACUUCAAAGUAAAAGUAACAUCAACAGAUCAAUCGCUUCGAAAUGUUUAGAAGUAUGGAAUAAAAAAUUUCAACUUAAUAUUUUAUGCAAAGAGUACGACAAGCUGGUAUUACAAAGAUAUUAUAAGGUCAUUAGAACUAAGCGUCAAUUAUUAAAAGAUCUCGGAGAUCUGUCGGCCCGAUGCUACAAUAACGAUAUAACGAAAAGGUUUUUUAUUCUUUGGAAGAAACGGUUUGAGAACAUCUCAGCUAAAAAUCAGAAGUGUGACGCUUUCAUCAAACUUCGCUUUAUCACACUAAUUAAACGUGGUAUACUGAAUGCUAGAAUGAAAGACAGACUCUCCAUAGAAUUGGCGAAAAAGUAUGAUCAGCAACACCUUGAUAAGUUCUGGGUUCUAUGGAAGUCUCAUUUGAAUUCUAAACGAAUGAUAAAACUGAACACUUAUGCAGAUGUAUUUGAGGAAAGAAGAGAUGAGUACAUUAAGAGAAAGUAUGUACAAGUGUGGCGCAAGAGAUAUGACUUUUACUCUGUGGAAUGUAUGGAUAUCGCACUGGAUAAAUACGAUCUUGGUGUGACCAUCCGUUCCCUUGAACAGUGGAAAACCCGUUACUCUAAUAUUCAGCUAAUGUAUAAAGAAGCUGACGGAAUUUACGAUAAUACAACUUUAUCAAAUGCAUUUGAUUUGAUCCUCCAAAAGAUGGACAAUCUCAAACUGCAGGAUUCAAAAUUAGUACUUUAUGUUGAAGAAAAGCAAGCAAAGCUACUUUUAAAGUGGACAAACCAAUGGAGUAUGAAAAUGAUGAAGUUAAAGCGAAAUGAGGAGUCCGUGCAGAUGUUUAGGGCUAGGUGGAAUAGAGCAAAUAUGCGAGCAAUCAUGAGUUUAUGGAAAGAAAAGACAUUUUCCUAUCCAAAUAGUUUAGCAGCUGACGAUACCAGAAACAUCUCCUCACAAAAAGAAGAUAUAGCGUUCCAAACUCCUAUGAAACCAUUGGAUAUUAAUAGCAAUGGCUUUACUACAAUACCUGGCUCAGAGAGGAUCAAAAGAAAUAAGAUGGAUAGAAUCAAAAAUAGAUUCAGCAGAGCUCGAGGAGCAAUUCCAAGUCCAAUUAAGUCAACACAAAUACUUGAUAGUACUGCAAAGACUAGACUCGCUGGUACGGAAUACAAUCAGACGCAGCCUUUGCAGAAUUCAACUGAUGAUACUCCCCAUAUUACUGGAGACGCUUCAAACCUCUCCCUUCUCAACGUCAACAAAAGAUUGGCAGGAAAAACGAAGAGUAUUAGCUUCAAUAGAAUACCCCAUACGACUCUUUUUGGAUUUCCAUCCCCUCAAUCAGCUAUUGAACCAAGUCCUAAAGAUCUAACGGUCGAUUUGGAUUUCCUGGAUAGUGAUUCUCUACCGGAAAGAGAUGACGAUUCACCUACGAAAAGAAGGACAAGGCCCCAUUAG